AAUCCUCAUUCAAACAACAUCAGCACCCAUCAAAUCUCAUACAUCUCUGAAAGUAGGAAUCAGCUAUCAACAACAUCACCAUGUCUGGAAGAGGUAAAGGUGGUAAGGGUUUGGGAAAGGGUGGUGCAAAGCGUCACCGUAAGGUUCUAAGGGAUAACAUUCAGGGAAUAACAAAGCCUGCGAUUCGCCGUCUCGCAAGGCGUGGUGGUGUGAAGCGUAUCAGUGGAUUAAUCUAUGAGGAAACUCGCGGUGUUUUGAAGAUCUUUCUAGAGAAUGUUAUCCGUGAUGCUGUUACUUACACGGAGCAUGCUCGCCGGAAGACUGUUACUGCAAUGGAUGUUGUUUAUGCUCUCAAGAGACAGGGAAGAACUCUUUACGGAUUUGGUGGUUAGGGUUAGAGUUAAGGGUCUCUUUGUAAUAGCACAUCACAUGUUCUUGUAUUGCAACUCAUGUAAUGAUAAUAUUUAUCUAAUCAACUCGUAUCUUUUUAGAA